AUGGCACAAUUAGAAGAUCCAGAGAUAUUGCAAAGCCCGUAUUUCAAGAUACAAAGUACUCUCGAGCCAGAAAGUCUCGCAGAGACGUCUAUUAAACUGUUGAAUGCCAUCAAAUCAGAACCGAAACUAACUGAAUCGUAUUGUUUGGAAGUGCGGUUUGAGGAGGACAAAGCCUUCUUUGUGGCCUGUCUAAAUCCUGUUUUGUGGUUUGAUGUUUACUUACGGGGAAAACCUCUAGAAGAAGCAACUAAAAUUGCAAGAACGUUUGUCACCAAUACACGAUUAGCGGUACCUGUUGAAAAAAUUGCACCGUUUGAAGUCGAGCAUAAUAAAACUGUCAAUGAUUUGGCAUUCACUCAAUGCAAAUUCGGUAGAAAUUGUCGGGAUCGUAAGCAAGGCAACUGCAGUAAGUAUUUUGGUUUUCCUUUUUGCUCGCCAUAUCCUUUUUGUUUGCCAUAUCCUUCUCCUCGCUAUUACGUACCAGAGAGUGUCAAUACAAUAGACUGUAAUAUUAACACAGAGAAUUCUUUAGGUCGAGAUCAUCUGGAUGCUAUGUGUAAAGGAACUACAAAAACACGGGAUGGGCGUGAUACCGUUUGUAGCUAUUAUGUUAUCGGCAAUCUUAUUGUAUGGGAACGAACAAAGUAUUACAUAUUGUUUAGACGAGAACCGAUUCGUGGUUUACUAAUGAUUCCUCGUCCCAACGAUGACACAAAAAACAAUUUUAAUCACUUCGACAACACGUCGAUAAUCAAAAAUAAGCAAUUUUGGCAAGAUUUAUUAGAAGAACGAGGACGAUUGGGAUUUAACAUGGUUUCUCUUAACUAUGGGACGUGGGAGACAGGGCAGGCUAAAGCAAAAGACAAAUAUGCACAAAAUUGUCAUGCGCAUGUCCAUCUUAAUUUCGACGACACGGAAUGGGAAAAGGUGAAGACUAUGGCCCCUGAGAAUAUAAAGCCGUUGCUUGAUUCUCGUGAUUCACUUGAACCCAGUAAUCUUCUCAAGAAUUGCCAUGAACUAGAAAGUUAUCGAUUACAAAUAGUGGAAGCACAGUCAAUGGUAAACAGCUCAGUCAUACUAUCGAACAAGAUAGAUGCGUUUUCGAAGAAGAUGGAUACCGUUGUUACAAGCUUCUCUGAAACGAAUAACAAGAUGGAUACCGUUGUUGCAAGCUUCUCAGAAACGAAUAACAAGAUGGAUACCGUUGUUGCAAGCUUCUCAGAAACAAACAAGAAGAUAGAUGCGUUUUCGAAGAAGAUGGAUAUUGUGGCUACAAACUUCUCAGAAACAAGCAAGAAGAUAGAUACUGUUGUCACUAGCCUCUCAGAAACAAACAUAAAGCUAUCUGAGCUUAUCGAAAUUUUAUUGUCAAAGGAACGACAAAAUGAUGAAAAAAGAAAUUAA